GUUAUCUUGAUAAGUUACAAAUUUGUAGUGGGGAUCUCUCAGUGUUUGCUGAACCGAACUUUUUAAUGGGAUUUCUUGUACAUAUCCAUAGAUGAUGCAGAGCUUUUUUCUGUGAAAGAAUAACACCAGUUGGCCUUUUGCCGAUUAUGCAAGUGAGCUACAACUCUUAAAAAAAAAAUGGCAGAAAGAGAAUAGUUACUUCUUAAGCUAACAAUUAAUCGAUUCAGAGAUAAAAAUGGCAAAAAAGCAUCUCUGCCAAGCAGAACAGACUCUUAUUCCAUCUGGUAAUGGUUAGAGAGAAUAGCCUGAAGAAGCAACAACAGCUAUUAACAUGCUGGGGAGCUGAUGAUUUUUUUUUUUCCCUUUUUUUUUUUUUUUUUUUUUUUCAGUUCCUAGUAAGAAAUAAAAGAAGUUCAACGUAGUAGUGAAUUUAAUAAAAGGAAUAUUAUUUGUUUCAAUAAAAAAAACAAAAGAGGCCGUCCUUUGAUACUGAUUCUCUCCCUCUUUCACUUGCUAUUCCUUGUCCUGCUCUAUCUUGUGGUUCCAAAGGAGACGGGUCACUUUAUAUUGUGCCCGUUUGGAAGAUAUAUUCGCUCAACUGGCUGAACCCCACACUGCCUGCUUUUCCUCCUGCUUAUAAGGAGCUCAUUUGGUUCAUCUCUUUCCCAUGCCAAUCCUUGACGUUGAGUCUAAUCUUCCUUAGACUCCAACAACAAUAAAACCAUUCGUUCUCUUUUUCUGAUCCAAAACAACAAAUACACAUUUUCCUUAAAAAAACUUUUAUUUUUGUGCUAUUUUUUUUUUUUUUUCCAUUUGCUAAUGGCAUCCAACUCUCUCACUUCCUCUUGGACUCCUAAACAAAACAAACAGUUCGAAAAAGCUCUGGCUUUAUACGAUAAAGAUACACCUGACCGAUGGCAGAAGAUUGCUCGAGCCGUGGGUGGUAAAUCUGCUGAGGAAGUGAAACGCCACUAUGAGAUCCUUGAAGAGGAUAUUAGGCACAUUGAGUCUGGUAAAGUACCAUUCCCAAAAUACAAGUCAAGUGGAAACAGCAGCUAAGCCAAAAUUCUAAUAUUCUGUACUACAAGGGCUAGGCCAACAGGUUGUUGAAAUAUUAUAGUUUCAAUGAAGUUGCAGGGGUGUAAAAAGUAGCACAUGCAGAGAAGUAUCUAUUGAAAUUAGUUGGUCACUUGGAUGUGAUUGUCCUGUUCUUCCUGUCUUGUAGUUCUCCUUCACUAUUGUUGUCCGGUCCAAUUGUGUAACCAAAUCAAUGUUGUGGGUUUAGUAUCCCAUUACAUAAAUUAUAAUAUACUAGCUAUCUCAUUAUCUCA